AGCAGUGAAGGCUAUGGUUGGUUGUUGAGGGCGCACACACAAGGACCUUCAGUUAUCUCUCUCUCAGCCCGUGUCCGACCUGCUGCUGCUGCUGUGUACUGUGCUAUGAAAACAUGUCUGUGAACGAGGUGCACGUGUUCCGGCCCUUCAAGCUCAUCGCGCUGCUCUGCGUCUUCCUCGCGCUCUGUCUGGACCUGGUGGCUCUGCUGAGUCCAGCCUGGGUCACGGCCGACCACUUCUCCCUGUCCCUGUGGGAGUCCUGCUCCCAGUCCGAGGCACGGCACCCGGCAGAGGAGGAGGAGGAGGAGGCUGUGUGGAGCUGCUUCUCCACCCUCACAUCUGACUGGCAGAUUGCCACCCUGGUGCUGCUGGUGUCCGGAGCUGUGUCCACGCUGGUGGCCUUUUUAGUGGCCCUGAUUUCCCUCUGCAGGGGGACGCACAGACAGCAUUACCGCACCGUGGCUGUGUUCCUCUUCACUGCAGUGGUCCUGCAGGCCUGCGCUCUGGUCCUCUACCCGAUCAAGUUCAUCGACGGGACUGUUCUUCAGACGUAUCACGAGUUUAAUUGGGGCUACGGGCUCGGCUGGGGAGCCACCAUCUUCAUGUUGGGCGCCGGGAUCCUCUUCUGCCUGAGGACGGACAUUUACGAGGACGCAAUGUACUGACUUUUCUAACCCCAGAUACAUACACAAACACACACAGACAAAUCCCCUUACAGGAGGUGCGCUGCUUUUCUUCUCUUUGCACACAGCAGAUGUGUAUCCAAGCACAGACUGUGUCUCUCUCUCUCUCUCUUUCUCUUUUGCUCUCUCUGUUAUUUUUAGUGAGGUUGUAAAGGCCUAAUUUAGGCCAGGGCCCACAAGCACCCCUCCUCCUGUGCAGCCAGCAGGCCCCUCAGCCCUGCCGGUAUCAGGGAUGAGGCGUCAAACAGCUAAAGCACAGAGAGCUUUCUGGACUGGCACGAGCCGCAGAUGCUGGACGCUUCCACUGCAUGUUGAUGUGGAUCUCUAUUGUUAGAGAAAACGGGACGUGAAUGAGCGGUGACAUGAACAUUUAAAGGGAUCGACUUCUCUCCACAUUUCCUUUUCAUUCUUUUUGUACCAGCUGAAGCGAGUUGUUAAUGUAUUUAUGACAUCUUUUUUUUUUUUUUCCAUCUUUUUGAAUAUUUAAAAAGUUGAGGUUUCCUCUGUGUGUGUUCUAGCUGAAACAUAUCUAGUCAUGCGAAGCCUUUUAAUAGUAGAAGUGUCGGUUACACAGCUUCUAUAUAUGCUAGAGCUAUGAAGUGUUUUUUUUAGCUUGUUAUGAAACUCAUGCAGGCUUCUUUCAAAAGAAAAAAUGUAAAUGUGUAUAAAGUAUUUCUACAUGAAGGAAAAUAAAUCAUUGUAGUUUUGGGA